AUGGUCAAAGCAGUUGCCGUCCUCCGCGGAGACUCCAACAUCAAGGGCACCGUCACCUUCGAGCAGGCCUCCGAGGGCGCUGACACCACCGUCUCCUGGGACAUCAGCGGCCACGAUGCCAACGCCAAGCGCGGCAUGCACGUCCACGCCUUUGGCGACAACACCAACGGCUGCACCAGCGCGGGGCCGCACUUCAACCCCCACAGCAAAGAACACGGCGCCCCUUCGGACUCCAACCGCCACGUCGGUGACCUAGGCAACUUCGAGACGGACGGGCAGGGCAACGCCAAGAGCUCCGUCAGCGACAAGUUCAUCAAGCUCAUCGGGCCGGAGAGCGUGUUGGGCCGGACUAUCGUCGUGCACGCCGGUACGGACGACUUGGGCCAGGGCGGGAAUGAGGAGAGCAAGAAGACGGGGAAUGCCGGGGCCAGGCCUGCGUGUGGGGUUAUUGGGAUUGCGCAGUAA